UUGGGCAUCCUGUUCCGGGGCAGAGGUUGCCCGGCCCCGCCUCCUCCAAGAUGGCGAGCGGCAGUAGUGGGGGCGUUUCGGUGCCUGCGCUGUGGAGUGAAGUGAACCGUUACGGACAGAACGGCGACUUCACGCGCGCUCUGAAGACCGUCAAUAAGAUACUGCAGAUCAACAAGGAUGAUGUAACUGCCCUGCACUGUAAAGUGGUCUGCCUUAUUCAGAAUGGAAGUUUCAAGGAAGCCUUGAAUGUCAUCAACACGCAUACCAAAGUUUUAGCCAAUAACUCUCUCUCCUUUGAGAAGGCAUAUUGUGAGUAUAGGCUCAACAGAAUUGAAAAUGCCUUGAAAACAAUAGAAAGUGCCAACCAGCAGACAGACAAGCUAAAAGAGCUGUAUGGACAAGUGUUAUACCGUUUGGAACGCUAUGAUGAAUGCUUAGCUGUGUAUAGAGAUCUCGUGCGAAACUCCCAAGAUGAUUAUGAUGAAGAGAGGAAAACAAACCUUUCAGCAGUUGUUGCAGCUCAAAGCAAUUGGGAAAAAGUGGUUCCAGAGAACUUGGGCCUCCAAGAAGGCACCCACGAACUGUGCUACAACACCGCCUGUGCACUGAUUGGACAAGGCCAGCUGAACCAGGCAAUGAAAAUCCUACAAAAAGCUGAAGAUCUUUGCCGCCAGUCAUUUUCCGAAGACUCUGAUGGAACGGAGGAAGACCCACAGACAGAACUGGCCAUCAUUCAUGGUCAGAUGGCCUACAUUCUGCAGCUUCAGGGUCGUACAGAGGAGGCUUUGCAGCUUUACAAUCAGAUAAUAAAACUGAAGCCAACAGAUGUGGGAUUACUAGCUGUAAUUGCAAAUAACAUCAUUACUAUUAAUAAGGACCAAAACGUCUUUGACUCCAAGAAGAAGGUGAAAUUAACCAACGCAGAAGGAGUAGAGUUUAAGCUUUCCAAGAAACAACUUCAAGCUAUAGAAUUUAACAAAGCUUUACUUGCUAUGUACACAAACCAGGCAGAGCAAUGCCGCAAAAUAUCUACUGGUUUACAGUCCCAAAGUCCUGAGCACCUCCUGCCUGUGUUAAUCCAAGCUGCCCAGCUCUGCCGGGAAAAGCAGCACACAAAAGCAAUAGAGCUGCUUCAGGAAUUUUCAGAUCAGCAUCCAGAAAAUGCAGCUGACAUUAAGCUGACCAUGGCACAGUUGAAAAUUUCUCAAGGUAAUAUAUCCAAAGCAUGUCUAAUUCUGAGAAGCAUAGAAGAGUUAAAGCAUAAACCAGGCAUGGUAUCCGCAUUAGUGACCAUGUACAGCCAUGAGGAAGAUAUUGAUAGUGCCAUUGAGGUCUUCACACAGGCUAUCCAGUGGUACCAAAACCAUCAGCCCAAAUCUCCUGCUCAUUUGUCCUUGAUAAGAGAAGCAGCAAACUUCAAACUCAAAUAUGGGCGGAAAAAGGAGGCAAUUAGUGACCUAGAACAGCUAUGGAAGCAAAAUCCAAAAGAUAUUCAUACCUUGGCACAGCUUAUUUCUGCUUACUCACUUGUAGAUCCAGAGAAAGCAAAAGUUCUUAGUAAACACUUGCCUUCAUCAGAUAGUAUGUCUCUAAAAGUAGAUGUCGAGGCUCUUGAAAAUUCUCCUGGUGCUACGUAUAUUCGGAAGAAGGGUGGAAAAGUCACUGGAGAUAGUCAGCCAAAGGAGCAAGGUCAGGGAGAUUUGAAAAAGAAGAAGAAGAAAAAGAAGGGAAAACUGCCUAAGAAUUACGACCCAAAAGUUAACCCAGAUCCAGAAAGAUGGCUGCCAAUGCGAGAACGUUCUUACUACCGAGGAAGAAAGAAGGGUAAAAAGAAGGAUCAGAUUGGAAAGGGCACUCAGGGAGCAACUGCAGGAUCUUCGUCUGAACUGGAUGCCAGUAAAACUGUGAGCAGUCCUCCUACCUCCCCAAGACCCGGCAGUGCAGCAACCGUAUCUGCCUCUACAAGUAACAUUAUACCCCCAAGACACCAGAAACCUGCAGGGGCUCCAGCAACAAAGAAGAAACAGCAACAGAAAAAGAAGAAAGGAGGAAAAGGCGGCUGGUGAUUAGAAUAUUCUCAGACCAGGCUGUUUUUAAGCUAGUCUCAGUGACACUGGGAACAUAAUAAAGGUAACACAGUGAGAAGCAUAGAACUGUCCCCUCUUCCAUCCCCGUUUCCAUAAAAUAAUUUCUUGUGCAUCAAAUAGGAAAACAUCUUCCUCAAACUGUCCAGUUAGAUUUGGCCUACUUGUCCCACGUAGUUUUGCACACAUUAUGAGGACUGAAAAUGAUUGGGCAUUUACCCACCUUGGUAUCUGUUGCAUCCUUUAUCUUUGUUUGUUGAUCUUUUUUCCAUUUCACAAAUAAGGCACUUAUCCUGAGGUUUCCCAGGAUUUAACAGAAACUAUUUUUGCUGUUUCAACUAGAGUCUGAAGAUUGAAGAUGCUUGUUCCUAUCAAGUCCCACUUUAAAUUAUGUCUCAGGAGGCUCUGGGAAACUAAAAUUGGAAUCUUCUGAGCAUUCCAAAUACUUGCUUAGAAAUGUCAUGUGAUAAAAAGGGACCUUAUUAAAACACUGGUGUUCUUCACUUAGCUAAAUGAGUGGCCACAGAUCUUAAAUAAUUUUAACCACAAAUUCUCUGUCACGUGAUAGAAUAUGGGAUACUUUUCAUUUGUGUGGCAGCUUUGUCAUUUUCAUUUUUAGAUUAUGUUAACAUGCUGAUUUAGCACUACUGAAGACUUCAAGAAAAAUGCAUCAGUGUUGCAAGUAGUUCACUCUUAGACCCAGUGUCAGAGGUCAGAUGGGUUUGGACUGUCUCAAUCAAAAAGAUUAAUGUUCCUGUCAAGAAUAUGAAAGUUAAAAAAAAUAAGAAAGUUGACUUCAUUACGUAGAGGAAAUCAAUACCACACAGUAUUAAAAUCUAACAGAACUGGUUGACCCAAUUAAUACACUCAAAUGGCUCAUCUUUCUAGUUAUGGGUUAUGACUGUUCAUUACCUUUCCCAGAGUAAUGAAGUGUUUUACAGUCAGUUUGUGAUGUAAAUGUUGCUCUUCUUUGCUUACCUACAAGCCACUCUCAUUCAGCAGCUGUGAGACAUGUUAGGAUGCCUACCCUCGUUGGUAUUCAUUUUAUGCUGGCCAUUUAUUUUAGACUUUCGAGUAUUUCCUUGUGACCGUAUUACUCUGUCCAUGUUAAUAAAAUGCUGCUAUGUUUGUCUGAACAUAUCUACUAAAACAUCCUCAGGGAGUUUUUUUUAAAGGCUUCCUCUAUAAGAAAUGGUAUGCUGCCUUUCUGUUUAGCAUAGUCCAAAUCUGCAAUGGCAUCUAAACAAGUGAUUUAUUAUGAUAUAAUGCUCUUUUGAGCUCUGUAGAGAACAGUGUUUUGGUAAGAGUGACAGAUAUUCAUUCCUUCUGAGUAUAUCCUCUGUUGCAGAGAUAAUCAUUAGUAAAUCUCUUAAAAUUCCAUUAAAUAGCUGUAGUUAAGGAUAAUAAUUUUUUAGGUUAAACAACAGAGUCUUGGUGAAAAUUAUCCAUCUUUGAAAAUUCUGACCCAAGGCAAAACAGUGAAAUUUGUAGUUCUUUAAUUGUUAUUGACAGCAUUGGUCAAUUGCAAAGCAUCUGAAACCUUAGUUCAGAUAAACAAGCUAUUGUCAAAUGAAGUAUAAACAUCUACAUUAACUUCCUAGUAAUUCCUCCUCUGGACAGGCCAACAGUGACAUUACAUACUUUGUUUUUACAUGGAUGUGUGUACAUUUAUAAAAUCUAGCAUGAAUAUGUCCUUCACUGUGACACAUUUUUAAAUAAAAUAUUCCAGCAGUAAUGGA